AGAAAAAGGCAUGCUUUCGUUUAGGAAACCGAAGGGCGGAGUUCAUCGGCACAUUGGCUCAGUAAAGCUACCUGGCAGUUAUCUAUGGUAUUGUCUAUCAUCUGACGUGUCGUUCGUUCGCCAUGUGCUUUUUGUUUAUUGUAUAAAAUGCAAGAUGUAAAGACAGACGCUAAUAUGGGUCUCCUAUCUCAUGUUAUAAAUUCUACUUUCUUAUCCGGCUUAGCUUGCGGUGUUUCAAUAGCGUGGAUAUUCCUGAAAGUCCGAUCCAAAAUACUUCCAAAAAAUACAAUACUUUCUGGCGAAAGGUCAUCUACGUUUGGUGAGCCCCCCUGUGAUGGUGAAGACAAUUUCAAGUUGGUUCUCAUUGUUCGGUCAGACUUGAAAAUGGGAAAGGGUAAAGUAGCAGCACAGUGCUCCCAUGCAGCAGUCGCAGCAUACCAACAGGCCCUGCUUCAUCAACCAAACAUUCUGGAGCAGUGGGAAGAAAGCGGAGAAGCCAAGGUGGUGCUCAAAGUGGAGACAGAGCAAGAACUUCUGGAGCUUGCCAGUGUGUCCCGCAGCCGGGGUCUCAUCACUAGCCUUGUACGUGAUGCUGGACGCACUCAGAUAGCUCCAGGCUCCAAGACUGUGCUAGGGAUUGGUCCUGGACCAGCUAGUCUUGUGGACAAGGUCUCUGGACAUCUGAAGUUGUUCUGAGGAAGAGAAAAAAUGCAUGUGUGAGGCUCACUGACCAAAAAGACUGAAAAAAUUUAAUUUGAAGAAUAAAGUAUCUGUCUUUCCACAUUACACACCAGAAGAAAGUUCUUAACGUACAACAGUUUUGGGACGAUAUCCACAUAAGCCGACAGAGGAAUCAGUGCCCUAAGUGGCAUGCAGUAAAAUUUUAAUAUACUUACCACUGUAACAAAAAUUAGCCACAGAAUACAGAAUUACUUAUUUACUCAGUUUCUUAGAACAGAUACAUUUUUCACAACACACUAAUGAUGGUGCCAACUGGAGAGAGCUUUACAUUAUCAUAGCCAAUGGUGAAAGCGAAAUGCUAUAAAAUAAGGCCAUAUAAGUGUACACUUAGUAGUCACAUUUGCAGAAGGAAUUAAUCUGUGCUAACAUACAGAUAAAUUAAUAUUACAGUAGGAAUCAAAAGUAUAUACUCUGAAUGAAUAAACAAUCAUUACAAAGGCUUCACUGUUCAUUCUUAUUAUUCACUCUAAAGGAAAAUGAAAUAUGUAUAAAACAUUUAUUAUAAGCUUCAGAGUCAUGUUUUUGUGUAGAUUGUUCCCCAGUAUCAAAUGUAAUCAAAAUUGGUUUAUCCAUUCUCAGAUUGUUUUAUGUGUAUGGACAGUUGGAGUGGUUUUAAGACACUCUGCAGAGCUGUGAAUGUGUCUAAUAAAAAUGAGAGUACAGGGUAAUUCAAAAAAGGUAUGAUCUAACUGUAGAUACCAUUUAGUGAAAAAAAGAAAUGUUCAUAUGAUUUUUUAAUGAAUGUUUUAUGGGUUAUAAUUUCAAAAUGUGAAAACUCAAAAACUUAUGACUUUGCAUGGCAUUCUUCAAGUUCCCAAAUUCUGAGGCUAAUAGUUGAUUCAGUGAUUAUUCAGGUUGUCUCUUUCAAGUUACUGAAAUGAGCUUUACUGUGAACUGUAACAUAACCUUGUAAAGUGUUAGUUUUCAAUGCAAAUUCUUUAUUCUUGAAUUCAAACACUUUCAAUUUGGUGUGUGCCAAAGUUUGGGAUCUCAACUACAGCAUACUUAAAAUGCGCUGGCCAUGGACCAAGUAAUAUUUCACUUGAACUAUGAUUUAAUUUUCAAUCAUAGCAGGGUUGGGAGUAAUCAGGAAAAACUAGGAGAUUCAUGCAAUUUGUAAUUCUGGUUUGAGUUACUGCACUGCCUGAACCAGCAAACACAUGGGGAACUACUAGUCUAAUUCCCACUGCUCUUUGUCAUCACACAGUUAUCAGAGAAAAAUAAACAAAAUUUGUGCAUUACAUUUA